CGUGCAGGGCGGCGCCGCGCGCGGUCAGACGGUUGGCGUUUGAAAGCCGUCAGUGUUGCAGGAUGCAUAUAUCGGAUUUUCCAGAUGAUAGGUCCAGAUGGGAAAAAUCUUCUGAAGCUUAUUCCACUUUCCAACGCCUCUGGCAAUCUUCUCCCUAAUCUUCCAGUUUCUACCAACAACGACCCUUCCAAAGUAAAUAUUUCAACUCUAAUCCAUGUCUCAGCACAACCUCAAAUAACCGCUAGCAAUUCCCCAUGUUUGCCAGUGUUCCAGGACACCAAUUCGGGAAGCUUUUUCUUAUCGCCACUUGAAGGAUCGGCUAGGUGUACUGGGAUAUCUACCUACAGUUCACCUGCAACACCUGUACCUGUACAAUGUUAUUCUACCCCCUCAGCAGUUGCUUCUGUUUCACCUGCACAGAAAUCCCAAAUAUCUUCUACUAUCAAUGUAAACCAAAAAUUAUAUAUGCUUGUAAAGUCUCCAAUGUUGCCAUCUGGUCAUCAUCUUCAGAUUCCUGAAAAUGCAGAAGUCAAAUCUGUUCCAGCAUCUUCUCUACCACUUGCUUUACAGCAGAAAAUACAAGGUACUGCAGCAUCGAUCUUGUCUAGCUCGAAGGAGUCUACAAAAGAAUCUGCAACAGUUAUUUAUGUUUCCCCAGUGAACACUGUGAAGACAGUACAGAAACGUCUUCCAACCAUUCGCCCCAAGACUAUUGUGCAGGUUGCAAACCCAGAAUCCAUUGCCACCACCAUAAACUCUUCUAGCAAACAUGGUCAAGGCUCGGCAACACCUCCUGUCAUUGUCAGUGCUGCAUCAGUUGUUUCAACUGAGCAAUCCCAGUUCCGGGAUGCUCCAAUGAAAUGGAUUGUGAAGGAGAAUCCACAGUCAUUGGCUCACUACCUUAUUCCUGUCAAAUCCUCAAAUAACUUGGCCUCGAAGAUUUUAAAGAGCUUGGCUGAGCAACAGCAUGCUGAGAGUACAAAUUGGUUACCUCCAUCCACAACAGCUUCCACAGAAAUCAAUACCAACAUAAUAGGAUGUAAAGAGAAUGCCCUUGUUAUGUACAAUGAUAAACUCUACUUGGUUAUCCAGAAAGACAAUGAACCUGCAACUUUGCUUACUAAGUCAGGAACACACAAUCCUAGCAUUGGACAUUCAGACCAAGCUGAUUUAAUAGCUAAAAUAAAAAAAACAGACAAUGACCAUGAUAGAACUGCAGCCACCGUUGAAAAUAUCACCAAACACCACAGUGCUUGGAACAAAUCAAUCGCUACGCACAAGCAUACAGGGGAGAUGUCUGGUACCUCUGUGCCUGAACCAACAAUGACAGAUGCUGAAUUGCUUAUGAAAGCUGGAAUUCAUACAAACGUUAGAAUCUGUCUAACCAGAGUAUCUAUGAAAUAUUUUGAACAGUUAAAGACUCAGUCCACUGCUUGGGCAGAGCCACUGCAGAUGACUCCUCACCCUGCAGAGAACAUGGGGAUGGAAAACAAGUUUCAGCACAACAUAAAAAUUGAACCAGAGCUACUGUCUGCUGUAAAUGAUAAACAGACACAAGUUGAUCUGAAACGGGCAAUAAGUAUCAAAACCGAGCAUUCUACAGUGUUACAGGCUUGCUUGGAGAAGGAAAAGAAAGUAGAGAUCAAACUUGAGCCCAAAUCUCCCUUGAAAAGAAAACGAACAAGUGACAAGAGCCCACUGAAAGUUAAGCAAUUCAUUGCAAACCAAGAUUUGGAGCAUGGUUACACUGAUCCUCAAGCAUUUAGCGCAAGAAAAACAUUGCAUAUCAGAUUUCAGUCCACUCAUAUACCAAUGACCAGCUUGCUGAAAUGUACUUUAGAAGAGAGAUCCAUGAUGAAAUCCUCUCAUACAACGAAUUUCAACAUUGUGGCUGAUUGUGUUCCCAGCACCUCUGGCCUCUCCAUGGUACAUGCGGCUGCUGCUGAGAUAAAUGCAGAAACUAGUUACCGUUCAGUUCCCUUCUGUGAAAGUGAGACUCUGCGUGAUGAGAGAAUCAGACGGCUAAAGGAAAUUCUGAAGGAGAAAGAAGCAGCGCUGGAGAAAAUCAGACGAAAAAUGAUCAAACCCAAAUCACCCGUGAAGAGGAAAGAGGAAAGCAACAAGUGUACAUUGAAAAUGAGGAAUUUGUUUUCCCAAAGCUUGGUUGGAAGUGGGGUUUCUGAGUGUGAUGGUAGCUAUCUUGCAGGGCAUAGCACGGGAAAAGCUUUACAAGGUAUUCCUGGUGGCUCUGAGAUACACACUACUGUGUCUGAAAACAGAUGCAUUUGUGAAUCGACCGAGACAAGGAAAUCCAGCCACACCACAGAGAGCAUACCCAAAACCAUGUGUUUGUCGGCUGCACAAAGAUCUACAGCUGAGAAAGGUACCAUUGACAAUUGGCAUCCAAUCACUUCAUCAAAUGGAGAUGAAACCAUGCGUGAUGAGAAGAUCAAACAUUUAAAAGAAGUUUUGAAGGAGAAAGUAGCUACGUUGGAGAAAAUACGAGGGAAAUAGUUACAGCAUCUUAAUUAAGGAGAAUUUGACACUAAAAGCUUUGUCUGACUGUACAUACAUUUCUUGUAGAAUAAUGUGAUGUGUUGCCUAUGUGUUGGGCUGAUCUCUUCAUAUUGUAUUUAAGAAAAUAGCGAAUGUAAAGUGUUUGUCAACAAAAACUGUUACAGAUUUUGUAUGCAUAGUUCAUCAGCUGUUUCAUUUGGGGGGUUUAAAUAAUAUUAGAAUAAACUCAUGAGUUAGAACCGGAACAUUUAGUAGGUCUUCUAGGGCACCUUAGGAAAAAAAGUACAGUAUAAUUAUUGUGUGUUUGCCUGUUCACUGAGUAAUGUAAGUUUGUGUGUUUAAUAUAUAUUAUA